UUUUUAAAUGCAGAACCAGCGGGUAAGUGAGUAAAACUUACCGUCGCUGCGCAUUAUAGACCACCAUAAGUGAAGUAUGAGUGGACUUGGAUUCUUGGUUAUUGCUGCACUAGCAUCGCAGCUCUUGGUAAAGGCCUACCCAACUUCCCUCAUAGCACCCAGCAACUACAUCAACUAUGAAGAAGAUCCCUUAUUCGCGAUGCUGCGGCAGAAAAUCGAACGCGGGGAGAUCGACAUGGAAUCCGAUUUCUUCAUGGACAAAAGCAGAUUUCAAGUGCACCACGACCCAGAAUGGCCUCCGGAACCUCUUGACAUUCAACCCUUGGGACAAAUUUCUGCCGUCGACACUGAUUUGAAGGGGAAUCCCGUGAUUUUCCACCGGGCGGAAAGAUCAUGGUCUUCUCACAAGGAUUCCUCACCUGCAGUGGUCAUCAGUGAUUCUUUGAAUAUAAUGUCAAAGCAUCAUCACUUGCUGACUUCUGCAAAAUCUACAGUUCACCUUGUUGAUCUAAUGGCUGGUGCACUUCAGAUCAUCAAUGAUCAGAAGGGCGGUCAAAUUGCAUACUACAAUGGUGUGGUUCCAGAAUCGUCGCAUGAAAGACAAGCGCCAGCGACUCUCGCUCAACUGGCCCGCGGACCCAGCAUUCGCCUCCUACGUCCUUCAGGCCGUGGCUUCAUAUCCGUACCCACCAACACCCGCCGGCCCAUUCCCAUUCAUGGGACCCUACGGCCCGAACCCACUAGCAGCUGCGUAUGGCCCACGAUUCGCCCCGUACCCGUCACCGGCUCUCAGAGCUGGUCCUGUGCCGCCACCUCACCCUCACCCGCCGGCCCAUUCCCAUUCAUGGGACCCUACGGCCCGAACCCACUAGCAGCUGCGUAUGGCCCACGAUUCGCCCCGUACCCGUCACCGGCUCUCAGAGCUGGUCCUGUGCCGCCACCUCACCCGCAGUCGUCGUUAUUCGCGGCGGCAGCAGCCGCCUCGGACCUGUCCGCUCGCAAGUUCGGGGUCAAAGACCCCAAAGGCCCAAGACCCUACUACCUGGUCUCUAGGGGCGGCGGUGUCAACGACCCUUUUGCAUUUGCACUACUCCUCUCACACAGCGGCGGUGGUCACGGCUGCGCGCAAACGACAGCACCGAGGGAGAGUUCAACGACGACGACGACCGCCAUCGCGCCGAUGAAGAAGCCCGCGUUGUUCCGCCCAUUUAAGGCGGAUUCCGGAGCUUGA